CUGUGUCCGGGAGCUCCGUGAGGGCGGGGGCCUCGUCUGCUCCCUCCCUGCUCGUGGGCUUCGCCCCUAGUGAGUCCCGGCCGUCCAGACGCACUAGGAGAAGCCUGGGGGACCGCCCUGCCGCCCCCAGCACGGCACCCAAAUCUGGCGGUGGCGCGCAGAGUGCUGGGAGAGCCACCACUUAACCAGGGGCGUACGGGCGGCCCCAGGGGGCAGGCAAUGAGUGAGAGAAAUCUCAGCUCCCCAGAGCCCCGUGUUUCCUCCACUAGAGCGCCCUGCCUGCUGACUCUGCGUCCCGGGGCUCUGGGUCCAGGAGCCUUGUCUGAUCCUUGUUUUUUGACACCCCCCCCCGUCCCCACCGCGGGGCUUGGGGCGCGGGGGGCCCCUGGAGGCAGGCCCUGAACAGAAACAACGUCCGGGCUCCCGCAGCACCCCACGCUGCCUCCAUUAAGGCACCCUGAAUUUUUAAAGGUAUUCCGUCUUGCUCCUUGGUGUACGUAAGGCCCCUCCCACCCUUAUCCGGGAGCCGGGCUGCCCCUAGCAUAGGCCUCGGAGGGCCAGGACCUGCCCAGAAACCAAGGCCAGGGCACCCCCCAAGUCGGGCCCGUGUGCACCCCAGCCAGCUCAGGUGACCAGGCCGGCGCCGGGCACACCUGGCGCCGUCCCCUGACCCCGCCCCGGGCCGGGCCGCACCCCGGAACGUUCUCUGGGGGAGCCAGCGCGGCAGAGCAGGGCCAUGGCAGCGGCGCCUGCGGUGGGCGCCCCGCAGGGGCCCCCGCCGGGUGCACCGUCCCCACCGGCCGGCGCGCGAGGGCCGGCGUCCGGCCUGGGCCGCUGCCGGAUGGCGCUACUGCUGGCCGUGGCGCUGGACGUGGCGGGCAUGGCGGCGCUGCUGACCGGCGUGUUCGCGCAGCUGCAGGUGCGCGGCCGCGACUUCGGCGACCUGCUCAUCUACUCGGGCGCGCUGCUUGUCUUCCUGAGCCUGCUCGGCUGGAUCCUCUGGUACACCGGCAACAUCGAGAUCUCGCGCCAGGAGCUCGAGCGCGACUACGGCCUGCGGCCCUCGACUCUGGCCCGCCUGGCGCGCAAGCUCUCCCGCCGCUGGUCCGCGCCGGCCUCCUCCUCCUGCCCGCGCGCCGCGCCCGGCUCUCUAGGAACGCGCCGUGCCGCCCGCGCGCCCCCGCCGCCCGCUGCCGGCUCCCGCCGCGUGCGCCUGCAGCUCGCUACGCUCGAGGCCGGGCCCGGGGCGGCGGGCGCGGGCACCGAGUGAGCCCGAGACGGACCCACGGACCCACCUGUCAGGACUGGACUGCGGUGUACAGUUGUGCCCACCAUCAUCUGGGCCACCAAGAUGUCUACCUGUCCACCCCAUCCUCCCCUGGAUAAAUGGCUCUGCCUCAUA